AUGUGCACUCGGUUUACGCCUUCUAGCGAAGAUCGACCCAGCGCCAGCCCAACAAUGGCGGCCCCAUCCAGCAGAAGCGAGCGCGGUACAGAUACUGCCGUACCAUCUUCUAGCAAAAGCAAAGCGAAGCUGAUCCCACCACCUUACGGACCUUUCAGUGAGAACAGGAGGACAUCCAGAAUAUCGACAUCGCAAGACGUGAUCAACUUGGCGCACAGGCCUAUCAUACAGCCUCGCCGCAAUUCAUCUCUAGCUCGCUCGACAGAAACGGAGGUGGACUCGGAACGCGACUCGGGACAUCUAAAUGCAAGAAAGCAAGACUGGCGUGAUAAACAAAGAACAGAAACCCAGAACCUAGCUGAGCACAUGAGAGAAGCCACUGGAUUCGUGGAAGCACUUGUCAGCAUGCUUGUUGCUGUAGAAGCCAUUCGGAAAGGCCACAAGAGGCAGUUCGAAAUUCCACAAGACUUGACCACGCUCUACGAGACAUGCCUGCCAGUCCGAGAAACAUCUGAUCAUUUGGGGUCAUCUGUUGCGGUCAUCGCCGACAAAGUAGCUGAGUAUGCUGAGGGCGUGUCUAAAGCAUCGAUGCGAGUGCACAAACUGGCCCGUGAUGAUAAGGGAGGACACCUCAAGAAACACCACGUCAGGAGUGCUGAGGUAUGUCUGGUAUCUCGGCUUCCGGCCUUGUUGAAAGCAGCUCAUAUCUUGCAUGGCUUGCGUGAGAUCACUGAUGACUGCAAUUUCGAAGGUGACUGCUCAAUUCCUCGCUUCGGAUCUAGAGACGACACGACCAGACUGAAGAUGCGUGAGAAGGAAUUGACGUGGCUAAUGCGAGGUCAGACAGGAUGGCUUGGGGAGGUGCAACAUCUGAACAUCGAUGUCUGA